CACAACUCACUGAUCCUAAAAUUAAAACUUAUAGAAAAUACUAAGCAGAAACGACAAGUUACUGUGGGUGCGCUUCAAGGUAUGGAAGACACAUCAACAAACAAGGGAAAGUUCACUAAGGGUGGAGAUCUGGGAGGAAGUCGUCAUGGGGAUACCUAUCGGAUUCUGUUGCUUAUGAUGGUUUACGGACGCGCUGUCGACGGUAAUGAUUACUGCAAUUUUCGCUGGAUAACGCAAUGCGAAGCUGCGGGAAGCUUUGAUGGUGCAGUUCUGGCAUGGGACGAUACAAAAACUAAAUCCAAACAUGUGAUGUUUAUCCAGGUCACAAACAAGACUUCAGUGGAACUUAACCAAAGUCACUUUUUCCCGGUGGACAAGGCAGGAAAGGUCAUGCAAAAGGGAGAGUUUUCAUUGUACAAAUAUUUGCUGUCAUACAUCAGUAUUAAGGAAAACUCCGAGUUCACCGGAUGCGACCUUCACUUUGCAAUGUUCACAAAUGCUGGAAUCGAUAAAACAAUUUUGGAUUGGUUCACCGAAGCAAACCUUCCAACUGUAGAUGCUCCUGGUUUACUAGGCAGCAAAGGAUCAUUUUUGAAAAUAAAAUAUGUUGAUUCAGAAUCUCGUGCACAGAAAUUAUCAAAUUUCGUUAACAGUUUGAAUUCUAACGAAAGGGAAUACGGUGAGCAAUUCUUGCAAGAAUUUACCUUCGCUAUCAAUCAACCGAGUAACGAUGAACUGAAGAACAUCAUUAGAAACGGAUUUUGGCGACAGUCUUCGAUGGAUGAUUCCUAUUCAAGAGAAUGCUAUGCGAAAUUGAUGUUCACGAAACUUCAAGAAUUAAUCUGCAAGAGGUUGGAAUCCGAUUCUAUGAAAGAAUAUUUAUGCAGAGAUGACUUGUCAAACUUGUCACAGGACGUUAACCACACACUUGAGGGACCGAAAUUGAAAUUUCCACUGGUAACUUUUCAGGACAACAUGAACAGGUUACUCAUAGAGUAUAGCGACUGCAGCCCACUUAGAGAUCUUUGCGAUUUUCCAGUAACUGUGCUUACAAGUACUGACCAAGGAUUGUUAACCUGUCUGAAACUGUUUCAAGUUUUACCGAAAAACGGUUACCAAUAUUUUUCUCUCGAAGACCUACAACUGCCGGCUAUUCACAGUGAAUUUUUCAGCUUCAUCCAUAACCCCACUUCGGAUUUCAUUCUACUUCAGGAUAACUGCUCAGGCUUUAGGCUAUCAACUGAGCUUCUCGAAUCGAUUCUAGCGAACGUAAAACUGAUAUUUAUAACACCCACAGAAGAACGUGCUAAAUUUUUCUUCGGCAAACAGAACUACACCUCGAUUACCGAUUCUGAAUCGAGCCUGAUUCAAUUGGAGAAAAGCAUUCAAGAAAAACUACUGCAAAGAUCGGUGUUAUUUCAGGGUGUUGAACUAGCACUGAAAGAAUUACCUAGCUUUGACCUCCUCAAGGAUCUCGUAAAAAAUGAAACACUUGAAAAAUUGAUACUGAAUAAAACCAUCAAAAUCGGCCCGGUUUUACCUGAUCUUCCACCUAGAUGUUAUAUCCCGCGAACCAUCAGUCGUGGUGAAUAUGAAGAUUGUCAUUACUAUGACGAAAAGCAAUUUCUCGAUAAAAUCUCACAAACACAUGCUUCGGAAGAGCUGAUUUUACUGUCCUCAAUCCCAGGAAUGGGUAAAACAACAUUAGGGAAAAGUCUAGCCCUGCUUGCCAAAGAGACGUUCAGAUCAAAGUGGAUUUUAUAUAUCUCACUUUUGGAUUGUGCGAAGAAUUUCGAAACAUUCGAUGUGGCGAAAAAUCUUGAAGACGCCAUUCAUUUUCUUCAAGAUGUGCUACUUUUAAAAUCGAACUUUGAGAAAUCUCUGCUGUCAAAAUGGUUGCAAAGGAUUCCGGAUAGCGUUUAUAUAUUUUUCGAUGGGUACGACGAACUCCCGGUGGAAACGAUGGACCGUGCGAUCACGUUGUUCCGGAUACUCAAGAAUGCUAGGGUUUUCGUCAGUACUCGAUCUCACCUACAUCAGGAAUUGGAACAACAAUUCAAUACGAAGUCCUAUACUCUUGACCCGUUAAAGGAACAUGAACAAAUAGAGCUUAUUAAAACUCUUCUUGAAGUUUCCUACGAAUCAUAUAGUGAGGACAUGAUAGACGAAAUGGUGGAACAAUUGAUGGUGAAAAUCAAAAGUCAAGCCAUGCAAACGGCUAGCGAGAUCGUUGGAAUUCCUCUCCUGAUUAGCAUGCUUGUUGCUAUCUACAAACAGUAUCGAAGUGAAGAUGAUGACCAAACUAACGAAAACCAUCUGCUGCCAGAUACUAGCCUAGAUUCUUUGGACAUUUUAAAAAUUUUCGAAAUGUUUGUGUAUCAUUCCUUCAAGCAGCAUAUUGUGAAGAGGCUAAAUCUAGACGAGAAGAAUCCGCACACUGCAAAAAUGCUGGAUCCGAAAUAUUUUUUAUACGAAGGGUUUGUAAAGCUUCAUAAUUUUCUCGGACUUAUGAGUCUGAUUGGUAAACGAAAGAUGCAUUUUGUUCAACGCAACAAGCAGGAGCUUGAAUCACUAGAGAAGCAAACAGAUAAAUUUCUAGAUUCACGAUUAGUUUCAAAAACUCCCGAUGGAGACCCGCAUUUUUUCCACAAAACAAUAGCCGAAUUUUUUUCCGCCAAAUAUUUGUAUGAAAACCUCCGUUCUGUGGAGUCCGAAGAAAUAGAAAUAGGAAAAGCGAUAUAUCAAGUCGUAUUGAAACACAAUCCCAUGGCACGCAAGUUCUUCUUACUUUUGAUAAAACUGAAUGAAAUACCGAACCUGCUGAACAAAUUGGAACAAACACUGGAAAUGAGCCUAAAUGCGAUUGAAUGCGAAUAAAACUGACAAGUUAUCGAAUUGUCUUGUUGAACCUACAGACAGAUGGAUCUGUGAAUUUCUUUAAACUAGCCAAAAACUUUGAAAUUAACUGGAAUCAUUCUAUUAAACAAAUUCGCAAGAUAACUAGAGCAAGAUAGGAUCAUAAUGGCACCUGGAACCCGAGAAUUAGAAGCAGUCGUCGAAAACGAAACGUGAAGAAACCACAAGAGAUAGUUUGUUCGAUGUCUAGAGGAAGCGGGGGUACACGCUCUAUUAAAGAAAUAGAUUGCUACAUCUCAACUAAAGAAAAAUAAUAACUUCAUGGCAGGGCCGGUGAAAGAGGUGGGUACGGUGGGUAGUACUACCCACCCGCAAAUUCCAAAGGUGGGUAAUUACCCACCUGAAGUUUCCAGCGAAAAGCAGUGCCAAUAA